AUGCCAAUAGUUGAACACGCCCCUAACAUGCCACGCAACCAUAAGAAGAAGCUUAAAGUUUGUAUUCUUACAACCUUUCUUUUAUCUUCCAUAAUCCUUAUAACUCUAAUUCCAAUAGCAGCAAUGAAUCGUGAUCCUAAUAAUGGUGCCACGUUUAACCCAAUAAAGAAUCCGGUAUCUGAGAUGCAAAAUGAAGUCCAAUCCACGCCUCUUCUCAGCCAACCGGAGCCACUCACGCUCACAUGUGCGCUGGCACGUGCGUAUGAAACUGACGACGAGUUUUACAAUCAGGUGCUUUCUUUGUUUUUGGCCUCUCCCGAGUCCGGUGCUUCGGUGUAUAGGGCCAUUCGGUACGCCCGAGGGGACGGCAAUUGCUUUUAUCGCUGCGUUUCCUUUCGAUUGUACGAGCUGAUGCUUCAGGACUUGGUAUUUGGUCAGCACACACUGAUGAUUAUGCAGAAUACGAUACGACCACGCAUGCAUCAGCAAUUUGGGGAAGGCAGCAUGGAUUUUUGUUUUAUAGCGGAAGGCAUUGCCCAGCGUAUUUGCAAUGGGGAGCUAUACACGGUGGAUAUGGUCUAUGAGGCCGUUGUCAAUAGAGAAAAGGCGGACUAUCUCAUCCUCUACUUUCGCUAUGCCCUGUCCAUUUAUUUGCGCGAUCACGCCGACGAGUUCGUCCCCUUUGUGAUGGGUCUUGGCUUCUCGAGUGUGGAGCAAUACUGCGAGACGGAGGUGGAGCCCCUUUCCAAAGAGAGCGACAAUGUGGAGGUUAGGGCCUUUGGGCAGCUUUUCGAUGUGACCAUUCAAGUCGAGGCGAUGUACCCCAAGGCUGGAAAACUGACGACGAUUCAAGUUGGCUCGGUGCAGGGCAAGAAUGCUCACCCUCCUUCCAUUAUUUACUUGUUAUUACAACCUGGACAUUAUGAUUUGCUUGAGUCCUAG